UUUUAUUCUCUCACCCAUCUACACCAAUCUUCUUUAUUUCUCUAAAAACUCUCUUCUCAUUUUCUUCAAUCCGUUAAACCCGCUAUAGUCUAUUGUCGUCUCCCUCCUCCGCCAUGGAUAAGGCCGCCGGAAUCCGUCGCCCUCUCGCCGCUGCUCACCGUCGCCCUCUUCCCCCUCCACCGUACUCCGUCGCUCUCGCGCCACCGUCCCUCCCAAACCCUAAAUGUGAGUCAUGUCUUCUUUGCCCUAACUGUGGCUUUUCUUUCAAUGUGGUUCAUCUUCCUGACCAUGGAUCUAUCCAGAACAAGGCCGUCGGAGGGGAGAUCGAUUCACCCCCGCUGGUCGGAGUUGAAGUUGCCUCCGAUCUGUAUCGCAACUCCGGGUAUGAGUUGGUGGCGAGUGACGGUGACAGAGGUUGGGUGCCGGAUAUGGAGGAACCAUUCGACUUGGGCUUGGAUGUUGAUUUCUCCAGUGAACUUCACAGACAAAGGCUAGCAACUCCUCGACGUCCACUUUUCCAACCGGAGAAGGACGCUGAGGGUGAAGGCGGUCCUUCGAUGUCACCGGAAAAUAGAAAUAUUUGGGAGAAGUUGGGCUAUGUUCCCGAUUCAGAGGACGAGCAUGAUGAAAAUUACAUCCCGACCCCUUCCCGAUUCCGGCUACCAUUGCAUUUACGUCCUCCAUAAGGACGUUGGGUUAUGAUUGAGGAUCGCUGCAGCACGAACAACCUCUCCUUUACCUCCCUUCUCUUCGGCUGAUUUUCAAUGCCUUGAAACAGUUUUAUAACUGCAAUUAAAUUUCCUUGCAGCUUCGAAAAAGACUCCACGUUGUGGCUGACCCAAGACAUCGCAUUUGACAUAAAUAAAUGCCACAAGUUUAAUGUGAUCUUCCUUUAUAAAUGGGGGUUUAGACAUUUUGAGUUCUGUAAUAUGUUUGGGUGAAAUUUUAGGAGGGAGUAAAAUUACAAUUUGUUGUAUUAAAUGGUUUAUUUAUAGGUGUUGAUUGGGAGGGAAUAUUUUUAGGUAUAAAAUUGAUGGGGGGAAUUUUUUUGAUUAUGUGUUAAUGUUGACAGUGAUGUUUUUGGUAAAAAUGAGAAUUUUUUUUAAGGGGUAAUUUUGUUUGGGAGGAAAUAAUUUUAGGUUGUGUUUUGGUGGGAGAAUGAUGUGUGAUGUUAAUUUCAACAAUUAGUAAUCUUGUGGCUUGUGUUAAUUUUGGGAAAUUAUUUUUAGGUGUAUAAUUGGUGGGAAAAUGAUGUGUUAAUUUUUGUUGUAAUAAACUCCCACGUGAAAUGUUAUAGGUAUGCAGCUUUUCAGAUUAAUGAUCUGACUCCUGCCAAUUUUUUUUUUCCCAUUUUAUUUUUAUUUUUUUCUUAAUUAUUCUAACAAUACCAUUAAACAUACCCCUAUAUUUACUAAUUAUACCCUUACCUAGAUUCUCCUAUCUACAGUGAGUGAUAGGAACAAAAUACCUGGGACGGAGAGAGUAAUUGAUAAUCCAAAAUAAUCUAAAUGCGAGUUCAAUGCCAAGUUGAUUCCAUAUCAUGGGAGUGUUAAUGGAUCGCUUUGGAAUCAUAUUGGAAAAUCAUGGGCAGAUUUUGAAAGGAGAUCGAUAUCCAAGGGCUACCUAAAAAUAAUCCUCGAUAGUGGAUUGAAAACUAGAUUUUGGCAGGAUAUUUGGGUUGGCAAUUCUUCCUUAAAAUAUCAAUGCCCUCGUAUCUUCGCGUUGACAACGAUGAAAGAAGUUUGGGUAUCAUCCUUUGAUGAGUGGGUGGAUGGUGUUUGGAACUGGGUGAUCCAGCUUCGUAGGAAUGUUUUUGACUAGGAAGUAGAAUGGUGGGAAGCAUUCAUAGCCUCUUUGAAUUCUACCUGCCCCCGUAAGGAUAUUGAAGAUAGGGUAGUGUGGGAGGGAUCGGGAAAUGGAAAAUUUUCCAUAAAAGAAGGUGGGCAUGUUUUGUAUGAUGUCGACAGUAGUUUCAGAUCGGAAGAUAUAAUCUGGGGCAAUACGGCACCACCCAAAGCUAAGUUUCUGAUAUGGAGAGUAAUUAAUAGAUGAGUCCCGGUUAGGAUGGAAUUAGUAAUGGGAUUAACAAUUACAGGAGGGGUGGAGUGCCCGUUGUGUGGAGUGGAGGGGGAAGAAAUAGACCACCUUUUUCUCCAUUGUAAGGUUGCUUCCGUCCAGUGGUGGUGGAUUUCGGAGCGUUUCAACAUUUUUUGGGCGAUACCGAAGGAUGUUCGGGGGUUACUACACUGCUGGAAAUACCUUCAAAUGAGUAUUUCGCGUCGUACUAUUUGGGAACUGUUGUGUGCAGUUGCUCUCUGGUGCAUUUGGAUUUCAAAAAACGAAUUGGUGUUUCAAGGUAAGUCUCUUUCUAGCUAUGGGCUAAUUUCGAGGAUGAUCUGGGUGGCAUGGAAGUGGUUCAAUGCUAAGAAUCCGGGAAGUGAUUAUAGUUCGAUAUUAUUCCAAAAGUAGCUUGGAAAAUCUUGAAGUUACUCUUAAUAAUAAAAGAUUGGGGGAACGGGCUAACCAACGGUGGCUUCCCCUUAGCCGAGGAUGGUGGAAAAUAAAUGUGGAUGGAUCGGCACUAAGCUGCCCAGGGAAUGCGGGGAUCGGGGCGGUAAUACGAGAUGACUCAGGUAUCAUUAUUUUCAUGCUUUCUAAAUUUAUCAGAGUAUCGAAGGCAGCGGAAGCAGAGUUGCAGGCUGUUCAUCAUGUGCUCGAGGAAAUCCGUGGGGCGGUAGGGUUCCCGGUUCCGAGGCUUAUUAUUGAAUAUGAUUAUUCCAUGUUGGUAUCGUGAAUCCUGAAAAAGUCGCAGUAUCCGUAGAGGUCAUUGAGGACAUCUUUACCUCUAUCAAUAAUUGUAAUCAAACAUAUAUAACUCAUAUUCUUAGAGAAAAACAAAUAGCCUCGCAGAUGGUCUGGCUAAAAUAGGGGCUCGAAGGUGUCCGUAUUUGGUUGCUUGGACGGAUUCGGUAGCUUCAGGUGACGAAGUGGGCGUGGAAGUUGCUAGUAGCCAUAGCAGAUUCAUGCUUUAGGGGAUGUUGGGAAUAUUGUUUGCUAGUAGAUUGUGUCAGGGGUAAUUAUUAUAUUAAUGAAAGC